CGAACAUCAGUGACGCGAACAGCGGUUCCCGAAGAGCGCCGGCCGUGGAGUCAGGACUGGACUCACUAUAAGCCCACUCUCUAUGAGAUAGACUUCAGCGGUAAGGGUUGGGCCGAUCCGGCCAUCGGAACCGCUGGUUUUGCACCCAAAUGGCACGAAAGUGACGGACCGGUGGACCGGCGGUCGCGCCAUAGCGUGGAUUACGCGGUCAAAGACGGCUAUCCAUUGAAUCCGUUGGGAAGGACUGGCAUUGCGUUGCGGGGAGUGUUGGGCCGGUGGGGACCCAACCACGCGGUCGACGCCAUUGUCAUCAAAUGGAAACGAGACGCAGACCGACGACCUGUCACUCACCCGACCACUGGUCUACCGGUCGCCCAAUUCGUGGCCAUUCAGCGCAAAGACACCGGCGAUUGGGCGCUACCGGGCGGAAUGAUAGACGCGGGAGAAUCGGUGGACACGGCUUUGGUUCGCGAGUUCGCCGAAGAGGCGUUUGGCAACGAUGUGGUCAAAGCGGGCCGUCUAUUGGGCGCCGGGCGGGAGGUAUACGCGGGAUGUGUUGCCGAUCCGCGCAAUACAGACAACGCAUGGAUGGAAAGUGUGGCCAAAGUGUAUGAACUGAACGACGAUAUGGCGGCUCAGGUGGUGCUCGAGUCUGGCGAUGACGCGGUGGGCGCCCAAUGGAUGGAUAUGUCCGCUCACCUCAAACUAUACGCCAAUCACAGGCUGUUUGUCGAGUCCGCCGCCCGACUACUCGGCGCACACUUCUAGCCAUUCGCCCGAUUUGUGGCCGUAAUUGUGAUCCCAUUUUGUGGCCAAAGAUUUUUAUGAAACAAACUUUGGAUAAUGAAUGCAAAAGUUUUGUAAAGUUUUAUAAUUGAAUUUUAAUUAAGAAAAGUUAUGUUUUAAUUGUUUUUAUUUAAA